CGACCGACCAACCGACCAACCAACCGACCAACCAACCGACCGACCAACCCACCACCCACCAACGCUGGCGUUGGCGCGUUGUCAUGCCGAUCACGGUGUACAACGUGUCGGCCACGACGGCGCGCGUGCGCUGGCCGGCGUACGGCGGCUGCCGGGACACCUUCUACAGCAUGAUGUACGACCCCCACUGGAGCAGCCUGGAGGUGGGCUACAAGCGCAAGCGCUUCAAGCACGAGGAGCGCAUCCCCGCCAGCCGCACCGGCGCCGACGUGGUCAACCUCCUGCCCAACACCGCCUACUUCCUGUGCGUGACGUGCCAGGCGGCCAACCCCAUCAAGGACCAGUGUCAGAUCUUCUCCACGCUGGGCGGUGACUCCCCGGGGGGGGGCGGCGGCGGCGCGGGAGGGGCAGGAGGCGGCGGCGGCGGUGGCUGGGAGACGGCGAUGGGUCUCUGGAUGGCCAGCAGCCUCCUGCUGCUCCUCGUCUCCGGCGUGCUGCUGUGGGGCUGCCUGCACAACGUCUGCCCCCUCCCCCGCCACGGACACCGCCGCGGCCGGCCGGACACGCCCGGGUUCAUCUACGGCGCGGGGGGCGGAGCCAACGGCGGGGCCGGCGAGGACGACGUCGCCGCCAAGCGCGCCACGGUGAUCCUGAACCCACUGUUCGGGUCCCUGGGCGUGCGGGGGUCCCGGGGCGUGGUGUUGGAGCGCGGGGGCCAGCCCCUCCAUCAGCAGGAGAUCAGAGGCUUCACUAAGCUGUCUGGCUGCGAGCCGGUGUGACCUCCGCUGCAAUGAGGUCACGGCUUUAUCCCUCGACACUCCUUAUUUGGACGUAGCCACCGAGUACGGGGUCAUAUGUUAAUAUUCAUCCCGUGUCAUAAUAUUUAUAAAUCUCUCCGGCGUGUCGCAAUGGUAAUACCGCCCAUCUAUGUGGUUACAUAAUAUGGUAAUUCUCUCGAGCCGUCCAUCCAUUCAUUGUGACAUGGAAUGCAAGUAUUUAUCCAGUGAUAUCUGCAUCCGUCCAUCUGGGUCAUCAUUUUUAAAUAUGUCUUUGUAUGUUUCCAUUUAUCUAUCUAUCUAUCGUGGUCAGGUUGCCAUUGUUUGAGAUUAUAUGUGCUAUCAUUAUUAUGUAAUGUUAAUCAGCAUUGCAUGCUGAUUACAUGCACAACUCCAAGGUAUGAUUCCAGGUUUGAAUUGACUAUGCACUCCUAAAUGUAUUGUAUAAUGUAUGUUUAAUACAUACAUUAUAGUUUAUAGAAUCAAUGUAUUAUAGGUAAUAAAAAUAAUAAAAAUGUCUCAUUUUGUAUUAGGAAAAAUGUUGCAACAAAAAUAUCAAAGCAAAGAACAAUAUCAGGGAGGGGGGGAUCUCUGACGCCAAGCUGAGAGGCACUGGGUUCGAUCCC